AAUACAUCUAACAGUGAUUUUGAGGCCUUCUCUGCUAAGACUUUUUGACCUGGGACUUCUUAUUGCUCUGUUUCCUGUUGUUAAACCAGAUGAGAUUACUCUUUUAAAAUGAGCCAACUUAAAAUGCUUGAUGACAAACAGCAUUUCUUAUCCAUCUUCAUCACCAUGUUGGCCCUGCUGUGCUCCGGCCGAGCCUUACCGAGGACGGACCCUCCCAUCCGUCCCGGCCACCCCUUCCAGUUCAUGUGGAACGCCCCGACUGAGCUCUGCCACAUCCGCUUCUACACGCCACUCGACCUCUCCCACUUCCAGUUCAUCAGCAGCACGCUGAAGACGGCGACCAACCAGAGCAUCUCCUUAUUCUACACCGACCGCUUUGGCAUCUUCCCCUACGUGGACGAACACACCGGCAAGAUAUACAACCAGGGCGUGCCGCAGCUGAUAGACCUGCAGCAGCACCAAGAGCUGGCCGAGGAUAACAUCAAGUAUUACAUCCCUGCCGACCAACCGGGCCUCGCUGUGCUCGACUUUGAGGAGUGGAGGCCACAGUGGAUCCGAAACUGGGGCAGCAAAGACAUCUACAGACGGAUCUCCAUUGAAACUGUCAAGAAGACGAACCCAUCGUUGACCAAUGCCGAGGCGGAGGACCGGGCAAGGAUUGCUUUCGAACACGCAGCCAAGAAGUACUUCGUCCAAUCCGUCCGCGUGGGGAAGAGGAUGAGGCCCAGCAGACUCUGGGGCUUCUACCUGUUCCCCGACUGCUACAACUACAACUUCAAAAAGGACAUGGCGGGCUUCACCGGAGAGUGUCCCGCAAUCGAGAAAAAAAGGAACGACGAACUGAUUUGGCUCUGGGGAGAGGCCACAGCGCUCUUUCCAUCUAUCUACCUGGAGCAGUUUCUUAGAGACACCCAGCAGGCCAGGCAGUUCGUCCGGCAUCGCAUCCGGGAGGCCAUUAGAGUGUCGAUGCUCCCCAACAGCUCCUACUCCAUCCCCGUCUUCCCCUACAUCCGGCCCUUGUACAAGGACACUACCGACAAAUACAUGUCAGAGUUUGACCUGGUGAACACCAUCGGAGAAGCUGCUGCUCUCGGCGCCGCCGGUGUUAUUUCCUGGGGAGACAUGAAGGUUACCGAGUCCGAGGACUCUUGCUUCUAUGCUCGACGCCACCUGGAGCAGGUCAUGAACCCGUACAUCCUGAACGUCACCACGGCAACGCAGUUGUGCAGCAAGGCGCUGUGCCAGGGCCGAGGUCGCUGUCUGAGGAAGCACUGGGACGACGACGUCUUCCUCCACCUCGACCCGCGCCGCUACCGGAUCGAGCAGAAAUGGCGCGGAGGCCCGCUGGCUGUGAGUGGCGGCCUCUCGCAGGAUGACGUCAACUGGUUCGACCGCCACUUCGACUGCAUGUGCUACGGCGAGGAACCCUGUCGACUGGUCCUGACGGUCAACGUCAUCGACGAGACCCACACGGAAUUGUAAUAUAUUUAUACAUAAUAAUAUAUGUGCUACAUAUAAACAAAACAAUCAUAUUUACAUUUAUUACAAGGCUUUGUUGAAUACUCAAUUCUGAUUGGUCAAUCACAACAUUCUACGGUCUGUUAUUUCCGUAUAGCAGAACGUUGCCAUGGGCGGA